ACAUUACUCUUCUCAUCGUAACAUUUACAUACAAUAAUCAACAUGUCAUCUUUUAAUAUUAUUUUCCUUAUGACAUUUUGCUCGUUGGCUACAUUGUCAUUGUCUGGUACCCUUAGUAUUGGGUUCUACAAUUCCUCUUGUCCAUCAGCAGAAGAUAUUGUGAGAAAAGCUGUAAACAAUUUCCUGUCCCGCGACCCCGGACUCGGUGCUGGUCUCGUUAGAAUGCAUUUUCAUGACUGCUUCAUUAGGGGUUGCGAUAGUUCGGUGCUGAUAGCUUCCACACCAGGUAACCCGUCGGAGAGAGAGCACGUUGCUAACAGUCGUAGCUUACGAGGUUUCGAAGUGAUCGACGAAGCUAAAACCGAAAUAGAAUCUGCAUGUCCGAAGGUUGUUUCGUGCGCAGACAUUCUUGCAUUCGCAGCACGCGAUAGCAUCUUCAAGCUUGGCGGGAUAAACUACAGCGUUCCUGCUGGACGAAGAGACGGGCGUGUUUCGAUAAUGGCCGAGGUAGAACAAAAUUUUCCACCUCCCUUCUUCGAUGCACAGCAAGCAGCGGUCAGUUUUGUUCGAAAAGGAUUGUCAGCGGAGGAAAUGGUGACGCUAUUGGGAGCGCAUUCUAUCGGAGUCUCUCACUGUUCUUCAUUCUCUAACCGUCUCUACACUUUCAAUGCUACUCAUCCUCAGGACCCUUCCAUGGAUUCAAGAUAUGCGGAUUACUUGAAAACUAAGUGCCCGCAACCUACCAAUAACAGUCCUGAUCCAACCGUCCCGAUGAAUCCUACCCCUGAUCGAAUGGACAACAGAUAUUACUUGGAGGUGACCAAGAAUCGCGGGUUAUUCACCUCCGAUCAGACAUUGAUGAAUAACCCUACGACGCAAAGGAUGGUGAUGAACAAUACAAGGAACGUAAGAACAUGGGCUGACAAGUUCGUUAAGGCGAUGGUGCAUAUGGGUUCUCUUGAUGUUCUUACAGGAACUCGUGAAGGUGAAAUUAGAACACGAUGUAGUGUUGUGAAUUAGUUGUUUAAUAAAAUUGACUGCAACACUGACCUCGUCAAUUUAUUUUGUCAAAUUUCAUUAAAAUAUAUCAACCAGGCGAUCAACAAAUCAAAAUUAUAUUUUUUUUUGGUUAAAUGAUAA